UUUUCACAACCAACAAAUUCCUCAAAGACCUAAAAACAUUAUAAAAGGCCAAAGCAAUAUCCCACAACUUCUCACCAAAAAGCUACAAACACUUUCCUUCUUCAAAAUUAUUUACACAAGCCCAAAAUUACAAACAUGAAUCCCUCUAACUUGUCCUUCCUCUUCCUCCUUUCCUUAACACUUCUCUCUACAUCAACAUCCCAAGAAAGAGCACCUCAUGGACUCAUUUAUGAAAAUCCUAUAGCUUUUCCACCAUCAGCAUAUCUCUUCUUUCACCCAAAUGCAAAAACUCCUGAGACCAAAAACUCUUGUAUUACAUCAAAAUGUUCACCAUUGCCUAUGGCAGCUAAAGUUGAAACCAAUCAGAAAUAUGAAAACAAUGAAGCAUCACUAAAAGGUGGGAAGAAACAAAUUGGAGUUGGUGCUGUGGCUGGCAUUAUCAUUGUUGUUACUUUUGUUGUUGUUUUAGCAAUUGGAGUUUAUUAUGUUAAGGUCACUAGACAAUCUAACAUGAGUAGAACCAUCAAUAAUGUUCAAUCUCAUGCUUAAUGUGUAUUCAUAUUUCACUUUCUUAGUCAUUAUAAUUUUCUUCUAUGUAACAUUUUAGAUUAAAA